AUGGCCGCUCUCACUAAUCGCGCUCAACCCAAUGCCCAAAUCCGCCGCCGUCCUCAGGUUUUCAUCAGUUUCCGUGGAGAUGACGUGCGCAGGGACUUGGUCAAAGAUCUCGUGAAUAACUUGAAAUUUAAACGGAUUAAUGCCUUCAUAGAUACCUUCUUGCAGGGAGGGCGGGGAUUACAAGAGCUCUUCUCCGAGAUCGACAAGUCGAAAAUCGCAGUAGUGAUCUUUUCCAAGAAGUACCCAGACUCUUAUUGGUGCAUGGAAGAGGUUGUGAAUAUUGACAAGCGAAUGAAAGAAGGCAAACUCAUCGUGAUCCCAGUCUUCUACAAGGUGACCACGAGCGACGUAAAAAACCUUAAGGGAGAUUUCGGAAAAAGUUUCCAUAAACUGAAGAAAUGUCACGCAAUGAGAGAACCGAGGAAGGUCAAGCAAUGGGAAGCUUCCGUGAAGUCAAUUGCAAACAUAAAGGGCUUACCACAAUUAACAUAUAUAUAUAUAUUAAGAUUCUGA